AUGGAGCUGGCCUGGGCGGCGAACCUCAGCGAGGGGAACGGGAGCGCGCCCGGGGUCCCCGCGCCCGAGCCGCGGCCGCUGCUGGGCAUCGGCGUGGACAACCUGGUCACGCUGGUGGCCUUCGGCCUCAUCUUCGCCCUGGGCGUGCUGGGCAACAGCCUGGUGAUCGCGGUGCUGGCGCGCGGGCCGCCCGGCAAGCCCCGCAGCACCACCAACCUCUUCAUCCUCAACCUGAGCGUGGCCGACCUGGCCUACCUGCUCUUCUGCAUCCCCUUCCAGGCCUCGGUGUACGCGCUGCCCACCUGGGUGCUGGGCGCCUUCAUCUGCAAGUUCACGCACUACUUCUUCACCGUGUCCAUGCUGGUCAGCGUCUUCACGCUCGCCGCCAUGUCCGUGGACCGCUACGUGGCCAUCGUGCACGCGCGCCGCGCCUCCGCGCUCCGCGUGCCCCGCCACGCGCUGCUGGGCCUGGGCCUCAUCUGGGCGCUGUCCAUCGCCAUGGCCGCGCCCGUGGCCUACCACCAGCGCCUCUUCCACCGCGCCGCCGGCAACCAGACCUUCUGCUGGGACCAGUGGCCCAGCCGGCUGCACAAGCGCGCCUACGUGCUGUGCACCUUCGUCUUCGGCUACCUGCUGCCGCUGCUGCUCAUCUGCUUCUGCUACGCCAAGGUCCUGAAUCACUUGCACAAGAAGCUGAAGAAUAUGUCAAAGAAGUCUGAAGCAUCCAAGAAAAAGACGGCGCAGACGGUCCUGGCGGUGGUGGUGGUGUUCGGGAUCUCGUGGCUGCCUCACCACGUCAUCCACCUGUGGGUGGAGUUCGGGGCCUUCCCGCUGACCCCCGCCUCCUUCUUCUUCCGCAUCACCGCGCACUGCCUGGCCUACAGCAACUCCUCCGUCAACCCCAUCAUCUACGCCUUCCUCUCGGAAAACUUCCGGAAGGCCUACAAGCAGGUGUUCAAGUGCCACGCGGGCAAGAAGUCGCCCGCCCACGAGAACAGAGACAACAAAAGCCGGCUGGACACCCUGCCGUCCACCAACUGCACCCACGUGUGA